AUGUCCGACGUUGCUGCGCCUCCCGCUACGAUGACCACGUCGCCAGCCCCAAAGAAGAGCAAGGUUUCCAAGCGUUUUCAUAUACUUCGCGUUUUUUUUCUUUUGUUGCGUGAUGUUACCCUUCAACUGCAGGCAACGAAGCCGAAAGGAGAGAAGAAAGCGAGGACGGCCCCUAGUCACCCCGUUUACGGCGCCAUGAUCAAGUCCGCCAUCAAGGAGUUGAAAGAUCGAAAAGGAGCUUCAAAGCAAGCCAUAUUGAAGUUUAUCGUGCAAAAAUAUAAAGUUGGCGAUAAUGAGAAACAGAUAAAUGCUCGACUUCGAGUUGCUCUGAAACGUGGAGUGCAGAGUGGGCUGCUCACGCAGGCAAGUGGCACUGGAGCGGCGGGUCGAUUCCGCUUGGCAGAAAAGUCGAGCCAUGAGGCGACUACCAAAGUUCCCAGAAAGCCUAAGGUCAAGAGCAAGGCAAAACCAAAGGAGAAAGCGGUUGAAAGUCCCGUGAGUUACUUGGGUGUUCAGGAAAUGUUUUUAUUUAGUUGGGUGAUUAAUGCACGAUUUGUGAUUUCAUCUAAAUUUGGUCGCGAUAGUUUGUCUCCUUAG